CACGGAGUAGAUGACAGCGCCACUCUACCGUCAAUAAAGUCUGUCAAAUAGAAAGCCUAUAUGUAAAAUGUACUCAUACUCUGUUUAUCUCCUUCGAUCAAUUCUCCAUGGAAUACUUCAAUCUCUUCCUCUCCUUCCUUCUCUUCCUUUUAGUCAUAUUUCUCCUCCGGCGGCAUUCUUUCGGUGUCGGGAAACGGCGGCUACCGCCGGGGAGCCUCGGCCUACCGUUCAUCGGAGAGACGCUCCAGCUCAUUGCCGCCUACAAGACCCAAAACCCAGAGCCCUUCAUCGACGACCGCGUGUCUCGAUACGGCGCCGUCUUCACCACGCACAUAUUCGGCGAGCCGACGGUUUUCUCCGCCGACCAGGAGCUGAACCGGUUCGUUCUCCAGAAUGAAGGCCGGCUGUUCGAGUCGAGCUACCCCGGUUCGAUAUCGACUUUGCUGGGGAGGUAUUCUCUGGUGCUGAUGAGCGGGAGCCUUCACAAGAGGAUGCAUGCGUUAACCAUGAGCUUCGUCAACUCCUCCACCAUGAAAGAUUACCUUCUGCUUGAUAUCGACCGGUUGGUCCGGUUUAACAUGGACUCUUGGACCGACCGGAUCCUCCUCAUGGAGGAGACCAAAAAGAUAACGUUUCAGCUAGUGGUGAAGCAGCUGAUGAGCUUUGAUCCAUGUAAGUGGACCGAGAAGCUUAUGAAAGAGUACAUGCUUGUCAUUGAUGGCUUCUUCACUCUUCCUUCCCCUCUAUUCUCCCCAACUUACCGAAAAGCUAUACAGGCAAGGAGAAAGGUAGCAGAGGCAUUGAAUAAGGUCGUGACUGAGAGGAGAAAGGAUAGGGAAUGUGGAGCAGAGAAAAGGAAUGACAUGUUAGAAGCGUUGUUGGAAGGAGAUGGAGGUGUGGAAGGAGGCGAUGGCAGCGGUUUCUCUGACGAGCAAAUAGUGGAUUUCAUGCUGGCUUUGUUGGUAGCCGGCUACGAGACAACCUCCACCAUCAUGACCGUUGCGGUUAAGUUCCUCACCGAGACGCCCUCUGCAUUGGCUCAACUCAAGAAAGAACAAGAUGACAUCAAGUUGAGGAAAGGUGGCAUAGAGGCGCUGGAAUGGGAUGAUUAUAAGUCUAUGCCUUUCACCCAAUGUGUUAUAAACGAGACACUUCGAGUCGCGAACAUAAUUGGUGGAGUAUUUAGGCGGGCCACAACAGAUGUUAACAUAAAAGGAGGCUACACUAUCCCUAAAGGAUUCAAAGUUUUUGCUUCAUUUCGAGGAGUGCAUCUCAAUGAGGACUUGUUCAAAGAUGCACGAUCAUUCGAUCCCUGGAGGUGGCAGUGUGAUCAGGGACCAACUAGUUCAACGAAUGCCUUCAUGCCAUUCGGGGGAGGGCCAAGGCGAUGCCCGGGGUACGAGCUUGCCAGAGUAGAGCUCUCGGUCUUCCUCCACCACUUAGUGACUCGUUUCAGUUGGGUACCCGUUGAAGAGGACAAAUUGAUUUUCUUCCCGACAACGCGAAUGCUAAAACGGUAUCCGAUCGAAAUCCAAAAGCGCGGUUUUUCUAAGAACAACCAAAGAGGCUUAACAAAGACGAGUGAAGCAGAGACACAAAAUUAGUUGAAAAUAUUCUAUUGCGUGUAAUUUUAAGAUGAGCUUUAGAGCGUUUGUACAUAUAUUAUUAUUGGUCAAUCAUUGUUCUGUAUUUUAACUGUGGUCAACACAAUAAAUGUAAUCGAAAGACCAAUUAAUGUUUAACGAGUUUAGUUGAUUUACUGGUCAACGUAAAUAGAGUGAGUCCAUGAUAUGAG